UUAGUACACGCGUACUCGUUGGACGAAUCAGAUGGCGUGGAUGUUCCCCAAUGCCGCGAGCUCUGGUGGGAGCUACACCCUCGGUGACGUUCGAGGCGGACCUCAGUCGGCCGCGAGUCCUCGGACGGUGAGACUAUUUUUUUUCUAUUUACAAUAUUUUCAUUUACGAGCGGAGAAAGGAAGGAAGGAAGGAAGGAAGGAGGGAAGGAAGGAAGGAACGAUUCUUGUCACAAUUCUCUCAAAGCUUCCUCGUGCUCUGGUGAAAGUACCCCAAGGGUCAAGCUCCAAUCAUAAGUAAAAUACGAUUGCCGAACGUAGGAAAGAAAUAGUUGUCAAACUACAAAAUUGAUUUACAAUGAAACUUCGAUAAUAAUCGAUUGGAAAGACUUAGAACGCAACGAACGCGAUACGAUUUAACGAGACAUUAUGAAAAAAAUACUGUAUAGGAAUGGGAACGUUCCGUGAAAUAAUGUCUAUUCAUCGAUCUUCGCCAUUCAAGCAUAACACCUGCCAUAGAAAUGACACGUUUACGCGAUUACAAUAGAAACUUGAUUACGUAACUUGAGAAUUCGCGGCUUAUUCGUCGACCACCACCACCACCACCCAUUGUCGUGCCCACAGCAAGGCACGUACGUGUUUUAUCCUCCAUGUUUACUCGGACGUGCUCUUCUCUACUAGAUGUGACCAAAUUUUGCGCCUACUAAUAAAUGUGUUGCGAUUUGACGUUUGUGUGUUGCGUGAUGAACGUUUAGAAAGGGGAUUUUGUAUUGCAACAACUACAAUAUUUCCUAUUUAAUCGAAGACGACGACGACGACGACCCCGACCCUGGUUGAUGCACCAAGUCGGUGGAAUUAGUGUGCACCCUGUCCUCCUGUCGUCUCAUGCAUAUAUUGCGUUUAUGCACGCGCAAAACAGAUUCCUCGUUUACCUAUUGCAUUUGCGUCAACUGUGUUCAGCCACGUGACCAAACGAGAACACGUUCACAACUCAAGAAUUUCAUGAAUAACGCAUGAACCUUCCUCCGAUGUUAACUGUCACGAGUCGCUCUGUAUACCGGACGGCGAAAGAAUGUGAGAGGACUAUAUGGAUAAACACCAAACGGGCAGCGUAGAUUCAUCGAAAUCACGAACACGUGGCGAGACGUGAAGCGGGCGUUGAGCCUGCUGUGCGUAAGGAAAUUCUCCGGGAGUGCGACCAUGCUGGAGGCUCCACCUGGAAGUCGCGAAGACCUCGUGGAAGCAGCAAGAACUCCAUGUACGCCUACAGAUCUGGACACCAUGUUGUACGGAUAUACAAACAGCAUAUACGUGCUGGACCACACUCCGGAAUCCUUGCCGGAUAUGGAUAUGUUGCAACUAUUCGCCUCGCCGGCAGGACGAGCACUUCUCACUAACGACGAUCGACCGAGAGGAGGAUCGACGUCGACCUCCUCCUUGUCUCGAGAAUCCUCCUCGAGAUUGAAGAGGGCCAGAAGACCAUCGGGAACCGGCACAGUAAGCGCACCCACUUCUCCGCCGAGGCAACGAAAGUCGAGCGCGGAGCUUUACAAAGAAGCCGUUGAAAUACUCGGACUAACGUGUUCUUUGACCGACAGUUGUCGAUGCAUCGAUUGUCAGAGCAACUACUUUGACUGCGACGACGAUUGUGGUGGCGAUGCGAGAACGGAAUUGGCAGCGGGCACUCCAAUAUUGCUCGAUCACGCUUUGUCGCAUCCAUUGACGUGUUCUAUACAGUAGCAGGCCAAGUGGAUAAGAAGAAGAAAAGAAGAACCUAGAAGAAGAAGAAGAGGAAGAAGAAGAAGAAGAAGAAGACCCUUUAUUAUUAACUCAGCCUGCCACCACACUUGGUUUAAAACUUGUCGAAGGAUUCUGCCAGAUCUUUUUCCUCCUUCGCGCAUCUUUCAAAUUACAAAUGACAACAUUCCAAUUUCCAAUUUCUACAUUUUUUGGUCAUUAUUGGUCAGCAGCAGCAGCAGCAGCAGCAGCAGCAGCAGCAGCAGCAGCUCGAACAAGAAAGUUUUGCGAUCGACGAAGAAAAUAGGCAGACGAUGAAUAAAGGGCAACCCUUUUAUUUGCCAACCUAUGGCAAAUUAUUUAUAGAAGGAUAGGCGUUAAUCGAGAGUUGUUCAUUCAUGUACCUACGCGUUAGGUGCGUUAGACAACAAAAUAGAGUUAAUUAUAUUAUACAUCAUAUUUCCUACUCCUUUUAUUAUUAUUGUUAUUAUUAUUGUAAACUAUUCGAGUUUAGCGAAUUUAAAUAUAUCGUUGCUCACACAGUUAAACCAAAGAUAUACAUAAUACAUUACUGAUGAGAGAUUACCAGUCUUCUUUUCUCGAAGUAAGAAGGUGUGUGUCUAUUGUGUAUUAUAUUACGUAGAUCCUAACGAUAUCAAGAUAUAUGACAUAUAGUUAUAAACGAAAUUAGGCCUGAGAACGAAUUAUGCGUUCAUCCGAUCGAAGAUGUAACAUGAUGUUCGUAGGAAUGGGGGCAGAUCAAAAGUCGAUUUGAAUGUAUUGUAAGAGAAGGGAUUCUAGUGCCAAAUAACGAGAAGACACGUUCGUUCGUAAGCUACGCCGUUUACGAAUUAUCUGUACCUACCUUGUUGCUAAGCUUGCCAGAUUAUUAAAUGAAUAUUUCAAUGAUGAAUGAAUAAAUAAAUAAAUAAAUAAAUAAAUAAAUAAAUAUAUAUAAUAAUAAUAUAAUAUAAUAUAGAUGGAGUUUCGAGCGCUCUGAUCGAGUUUUCUAUGUACAUCUCGAGUUACAAAUCGAAGCCUUCCCCAAUAAUUAUAUUAACGUACGCGCGCACACACAUACACACAUACACACACACACACACACAGACAGAGAGAAUUUCGUAAAUUGGCAUCAUUAAAAGUACGUACAAUUCGUCGUUUGUUCUUUCUUUGAUAACAAAGCGGAAAAAAGAUAAUGAUGAUUAUUAUUAUUAUAAUGGUUAGUUUUUUGAGAAGGAGACAACACCGAGUUACCGUGUAACCGAGUUACGACCGUUUAUUAAGACUCUAUGCGUUAUAAUAGGACGUACGCUGACUGCCAGCGAUUUAUCGUACAAUUGAAAGAUUCGAUUUCGAUGAUGCCGUCAUCGAUUUCGAUUAAAUUCGUCUUCCUUUAUCCAAUAUUAUAAUCGUUUGCGUAUAUCUAUCGACCUUCCAAGUCGUCAUUUUAUAUCGCGUCAAACGAUUCGAUCUCAUGGAAAUGUUACAAUUUAAUCUACGAUUACCGCGAUGGAAUCUAAAUAGAAUAGAGCUUUUAAGAAGACAUUUUUCCAAUAAAUAAAUUAUCCAAGACUAAGGACAUUUUCUCUUUGCUUUGUCGAAAUCAUCGUUAACGAUACGCUAUAAUCCGAUUAGAUAUUAAUCGUUCAUUCUCUUACCGAUAUAUAUAUACAUAUACAUAUACUUAUGAUUAGUUAUUUACUUCUAUACGUAUUACUGCCUUUUUACUCGCGAACAGGAACGUUAGAUCACAGAGUUAGAUAAUAAGGAGAACGAUCGCUGUGUAUAAAAGUAUCCCCAAAAUAUACUCAAUGAUUUUCUGUGACGUCACUAUGAUCGAGGUGAUCAUCAUGCCGCCCUCCAAGAAAUCCCAGAAAUAAGUAUUGGUAUUUUGUUACUUUUUUAGGGGACACAAUUUAUGACAAAUUGCCUAUAAAGUUCGUUCUCCUUAUUAUCUAAUUCCGUGGUUUAGAUUAUACUUGGAUUCAUUGCUAUCGCGUAGGGUCGUUAACGAUCGAUCGAUCGAUCGAUCGAUCGAUUUUGCGAUUUAGCUCAUCAUACUUUUUCAUCCGUGAAAACAUAAGCGAAAUUCGAACGAGACGCAUUUCAAAUCGAGGAUGACUCAAAAGCGUGACAGAUAACGAGCUUUCUGUCUUUUAAUCGAUGAUUUUAUAACAACGCGGUUAAUACGAAUUAACCUAAAAGCAUUCUUGUAAACUACGAUGGCGUACUCUUGGAUAUGGCUAAAAUUCAAAUAUAGCAUAAUAAAAUAUAGCUCCAUUUCUGUUUUAA